GUGAAGCCUCGUUUAUUCCGUCAGCUCGUUCAUUUCGCUCAUCAACUCAGUAAGCUAGCUAGCUAGCUAGCUCAAACAGUGCCGUGUUUCCAGCCAUCGCCUCUACCUUAGAAAAUGACUCUGUGCGCAUGCGUAUUCCAGCAGUAAACGCAGAGGUUGUAUUUUACGUCAACAUACAGACAUAAUGUGCUCUGCUCUCAUGACGAUGUCCUGGGAACUGCUGCCUGUGUCACUUGGUCUUUUGUCCUACAGAUGAAGGGCACUUGUUCCACCAACGAGUUAAUAUUAGCUACCCUUUCAACCAUGACUGCUCCAUCACGUCUAUGCCCGAUACCUUGACAGAGGUCAGAGUACCAACACUUUCCAGUGCAACUAGAAGAAUGACGCCAACAAUUCAAGACAAAAUGAGGAGCCCGGAGGAGGCUGCUGGGAGUGAAACCGUCGGAGAGAACGAAGACUGGGAGCAAGGAAAUCAAUCAGACACAUCCUGUAAUAGGAUUGUGCUCCUUGCUGAUCCAUGGAAGCCAUGCCGACGGUCCCGUGCAACUGUCAAAGAGUGGCUGCUGAAGCUGCGGUGCUGUUUGGGAACAGUGUGUGGGAUGGAGUGGUAUGGCUACGCUGCUCUGGGCAUUUCGAUGGCCAUCCUCAGCUUUCUGAUGGACCUCAUUGUGACAAAGCUGCUGCGAGCUCACCAGAGGCUUUAUAUGAAGCUGGAGGGCAACAGUCUGCUGCAGUUCUUCUGUUGGACCCUUUACCCAGCAUGCCUCUGUGCAGUCGCAUCAUCGUUCUCCGACAACAUCUGUCCCUUCUCCACAGGCUCUGGGAUACCAGAGGUGAGAACCAUGCUGGCCGGCAUUGAAAUGCCUCAUUACUUGUCUCUCACUAAUAUGUUUACCAAGUUCCUGGGCCUUAUCUGUACACUGGCAGCCGGCAGCACUGUUUUCCUGGGCAAAGUGGGUCCGUUUGUGCAUCUUUCCACCAUGGUUGGAGCCUACCUGAGCAACCUCUGCACUCUCAUACAACCCAAUAAGAAGGAAAAAGCUGCUGGAGAAAUGCUGGUUGUAGCUGCCGCCGUCGGAGUAGCCAGCUGCUUCGGAGCUCCCAUCAGUGGUGUGUUGUUUAGCGUGGAAGUGAUGUGUUCCCACUUUGCCCUGAGGCAUUACUGCCCAUGUUUCUUCUCAGCCGCAUGUGGGGGGUUGACGUUCCGCCUGUUCUCAGUGUGGAGUGGAGAUGGAGAGACUCCUCAGGCGUUGUUCAAAACUAAUUUCCCCUCUGCUUUACCUUUCUGCCCACUGGAGAUUCUUCUGUUUGCCUUCCUGGGGCUGCUGUGUGGAGCUGUGAGCUGCUGCUACCUCCUCUGCCAUCGGUGGAUCCUGCGAUUCAUCAAAACAAACCCCAUCUUCAUCAGAAUGCUGACGACAGAGAAGGGUCUAUACUCAGGCAUGGUGGCCCUCUUCCUGGCAUCUCUGACAUUUCCUCCCUCUGCUGGUCAAUAUAUGGCUUCUAAGCUCACCAUGAAGCAGCUCCUAACCUCCCUACUGGAUAGCAGGCAGUGGAGCUCUCGAUCCCACAAUGCCUCUGUUCAACUGGGGCCCGAGCCUUUGUUGGAGUGGAGCUCACCAGGGAGCCCAGUCCUUUCUCUGGCUGUCUUUCUGCUCAUGAAGAUGUGGAUGUUGGUCCUCGCCUGCACUCUGCCUCUGCCAGCUGGGUACUUCAUGCCAGUGUUUGUCUAUGGGGCAGCUUUGGGCCGUUUGUUUGGAGAAGGAGUAGCUUAUGUGUCUUCCACUGGAUUGACUUCAGGCCAGCAGUGGGCUUCUGUAAAUCCUGGGGGCUAUGCACUUGCUGGUGCAGCAGCCUUCUCCGGGGCCGUGACACACACCUUGUCCCCAGUGCUGCUGGCUUUAGAGUUAACCGGUCAGUUCAGCCAUGCUGCACCCAUCCUCCUCGCCACUCUGCUGGCCAAUGCCCUUGCUCGCUCUGGGCACCGCCCAUCUUUCUAUGACGCACUGUCAAUCAGCAAGAGGCUCCCACACCUGCCCUCUCUGGUGAAGGCGUGCCCCCGGCUUCCCUCCACACCAGUCGGACAGGUUCUGGGAGGGAAAUCAGUGCAGCUUCAGAAAGCAGCUGGGCGAGUGGAGGUUCAGCAUGCUGUCAACACCAGCACUGACACACAAAUCCCUGUGGUGGACUCACAUGAUUCGCAGGUUAUACUGGGCUUUGUUCUCCGGUCAGAGCUGCUAAUGUUCCUGCGCCGCUGCACGGCUGAGACUCUGGAGAAACAUCUGGAUGAGGUCUGCUGCAUUUACCCGACCUCUGUCCUGUUAUCACCUCACAACACCGUUCAGGAGGCCCACGGUAUCCUGAGUCUGGUUGGAGUUCAGACCUUGUUUGUCGCAGACAAGGGAAGGCUGGUCGGGAUCAUCACAUGGCCAGAGAUGAAGAAAAUAUUAGAAGACUUGGCCAAAGAAAUCUAAGCAGCAACACACAGGAAAUAAGCUCAUCCCUUGGCCUUACUUUUAUUUUAAGCAAACGUGAAUCCAUCUCUUUCUUGAUUAGCAGUGACACAAGCCUGGCUCUGGUAAUAAUAUCACUUCUUCAUUGCCCAAAGGUAACAAUGUUUGCAUACAAACAAAACUAUCAUCCGCUGGAGGCUUCUUAACAUGUAUUAGAGGUUAUUGUCUUGUCUUUUAUUGAAAAUAGCAGGGUCUCGUCCACUGAGGCGAUAGCAGACUAUCUCAUUCCCUGACCCUCAAUUUGUAACAGAGCAAUAUUAAAAGUGUGUCUACCCUGAAUAAUAUGUGGGGAUGAAAACAAAAGCCUAUAAAACUGUUUGUACACCAAAUAACACAAUGUUGAUGCAUUUUUGAGAGUUUGAGAUUGGCUUUUUACCCUCCAUGCAGUCUUUGGUUUCUAUUUAUUUCACUACACUAUGAAAAUCACCUUGCAGACCAUUAAAACGUCAUUGGAACUGUCACAUAUCCACCAAACACAUAUUACCUAAUUAGACAAAGUUGUAUCAACAUCUUGUUGUGAUGGAGUUGGCUAGUGGCUCACUUAAACUCACAGUCAGUCUACCUUGUCUUUAAAGGUCUAAAUGUCUAGAAUUGGCACCCCCAAGUAAUACCAUCAAAAACGUUUAUUGGCCAGCUGAUAGCAACACCAAUAUUCACCUGAAUGAAAAAGUGUGAAUAUUAGCUAAUCAUAGUCGAGACCCAGACAGAUAAUUGGGUUUACGCUUCCUUUACAACAGACUUCUUCUUCUCUCUAGAGUCAGCUGACAAACCUCAAAGAAGACAUAUUUUCAAUUUAUUUCAUGUUAUUUUCUAUACUCUAUGCUGCUUUAGUGUUUUGUUGUAUGCUGAAUAAAAAUAAAAAUGAACAAUGGAACUAUGUACAUUCACAAAAGUACACGCCUCAACAUGGGAGAAAAUACAAUUUGGAGUCUUUGUAUCUGAGGACCAGGCGCUGAAACCUCCCCAUGCCAGCCAUUUGCCUUUAUGUUUUGGGUCAGCCAUUGCUGGUGGAUGGGACUCAAGUCCUCUCAGUAGGGCUCAUUUUAGAGAUUGCCAUCAAGAUUGCUGGCUCGCU